AUGUCGCACCUUCAACAUCAAACACAUUAUGUUCACUAUAGUCCGCCCCAUCUUCAACACCAACACCAACAUCAACACCAACAGCUUCAGCAGCAGCAGCCGUUGCAGCAACACGCUGUGACACAUGUUGCUCCGCAGGACACUCAACACCAACAGAAUCACCACCAACAACAACCUCAAAAUUCGGUAGCAUCGACAUCCACCGCGACGGAACAAACGCAGCAGCCUGCUGCAUCAAAUGCAACACCCGCAGCCCCACUAAUAGCAAAGGGAGAUUGGACAAAGGAUCUUGUCCAACUAGCAAAGACUGCUGAACUCAAAAAACAUGCUUUAACACUCCAACUGCACACCGCGCAUAUUCUAUCCGCACAUGCAACACUCGAGCAAAAAGGAAAGGCGAUCCAGGAUCUGCGGGAACAAAAGAACAAAUUAGAGAGUGAACGUGCACGCUUGUUGGCUUCGCUGGCCGAGGUCAAUGCGGAUCGAGACAAGGUUGAUUUGAUGGAAGCCUCGCUUGAAAAAGAAUGUCGGGAAACUCGCACGAAAAUUACGCAGCUGACCGAGACAGACUAUGCAGUUGCGAAAGCCGAUGUAGAUCGCCUGCGACAAGAACUCGGGCAACCCCCUCUUCCCAGUCUACAGAGCACAUUAGAUGAAAAGACUUCUCAAUAUCUAACUGAAAGGCGAAUAUCUGGAAAUGACACGCAGACCACUCAAGCCUCAUCCACGGCCCCUGCUCGUUCCGCGUCUGCGCUCCCGGGAAGCAGUGCUGCUUCUACUCCGGGGUCAGGUGCCGCAGGACCUUCGGCGUCAACGUCGAACCCAAACAACAAACGCACGGCAUCGGCAAUGUCGGGACAGCAGAAUGAUAUACAAUCAAAAAGACCUAGAGGCCGUCCAAAGGGGAGCAAGAACAAGAAUAAGAUUUCGGGGAAUGAUGGAGACUAA